CGCAUAACAACAAGGUCACACACAAAUCCUCUCAAACAAACACUCUCUUCUUCUCCUCUUCCUUUCCGUCUUUCUCUCACACUCUUUUCCCAUCACAUUCUGUCUUGCUGUCAGUUUCUCCUCUCUCUCUCACACACACACACACACACACACACACACGCACACACACACACUCAAAGGACAAAUCCUCAGAGACGAGAGCUCUGCAUGGAAGAGAGGGAAAAGUGUAAGGGGGGUGGCUGGGGGAGGAAGCUCUCACUCCUCUGCACACACACACACACACACACUCACAGUCACACACAUGCUCCCUCUCUCCGGCUCUCUCCUGCUCUCUCUCUCUCUCUCUCCUGCUCUCUCUCUCUCUCUUGCUCCCUCUCUCACCCACUCACACACACGCACGCAUGCAGGAGCGAGGAGGCAGAGUGGGGAGGCAGGACGGAUCCUGAACAAAGCCGGAGAGACCGCGGUGGAGUACACACAGGGACGCGCUGCAGCUCUGAGAUGCCUCGACGGGUGCCUGCCAGCUACUUCUGUGGCCAACUGAAGGUGUACAGCCGCAGCUGAGGAUGGCAGGGGAUUCUCGAAUCCACAUGGACCACGACAUGGAGAUAGGAGUGACACCUAGCGAGGUGAAGAAGCUUCCCAAACACAUGCGGGAGGCGCAGAUCCCCACCGACCGCACGCACCUGAUCGCCGACCCGGCCAAAAAGCCGCGGCAGCGCUACGUCCAGAAGGACGGCAAGUGCAACGUGCACCACGGCAACGUGAAGGAGACCUACCGCUACCUGAGCGACCUGUUCACCACACUGGUGGACCUGCACUGGCGCCUGAGCUUCUUCAUCUUCACUCUGGUCUACAUUAUCAACUGGCUGUUCUUUGGCAUCUUGUGGUGGCUGAUCGCACUCAUCCGCGGCGACCUGUCGCACGGCGACGAGGAGGGCUGGACCCCCUGCGUGGAGAACCUCAACAGCUUCGUCUCGGCGUUCCUCUUCUCCAUCGAGACGGAGACCACCAUCGGCUAUGGCUUCCGAGUCAUCACCGAAAAGUGCCCCGAGGGCAUCGUGCUGCUGUGCAUUCAGGCCAUCCUCGGCUCCAUCGUCAACGCCAUGAUGGUGGGCUGCAUGUUCGUGAAGAUUUCGCAGCCCAAGAACCGCGCCGAGACGCUCAUGUUCUCGCACAAGGCCGUCAUCUCCGUGCGCGACAACAAGCUGUGCCUGAUGUUCCGCGUGGGCGACCUGCGCAACUCCCACAUCGUCGAGGCGUCGAUCCGCGCCAAGCUCAUCCGCUCGCAGCAAACCAAGGAGGGCGAGUUCAUCCCGCUCAACCAGACCGACAUCAACAUCGGCUUCGACACGGGCGACGACCGGCUCUUCCUGGUGUCGCCGCUCAUCAUCUCGCACGAGAUCAACGAGAAGAGCCCGUUCUGGGAGAUGUCGAAGGCCCAGAUUGAGAAAGAGCAGUUUGAGAUCGUGGUCAUUCUGGAGGGUAUGGUGGAAGCCACAGGGAUGACCUGCCAGGCACGUAGCUCUUACUUGGACUCGGAGGUGCUGUGGGGCUACCGCUUCACGCCGGUGCUCUCGCUGGAGAAGGGCUUCUACGAGGUGGACUACAACAGCUUCCACGACAUCUACGAGACCUGCACGCCGCCCUGCAGCGCCAAGGAGCUGGCCGCCAGACUGAGGGACAGCCAGCUCUUCCCACAGCUCUCCCUCUUUUCGCCGGAGCCCCGGCACCACAGCCAGAACCCCCCCUCGCUCCGGGACCCCCUCAUCAGCGCCGAGGAGAAGGAAAUGACGGCGAUGACGGCGACAGAGGAGAAGGGGGAGGCGGAGGAGAGAGGGAGCGAGACCAUCAAUGGCAUGGCUGCCACCAUGGAGGAGAAGGCCUAAGAGCGUCCAGGCGCACAGACUCACAGAGACAGGGCUACGUGUAGACCUUAAUGGCAAAAGCUUUGUUCCAUCCCAUCACGUGGAGAUGAUCCCGCAAUGUUCAUGCAAUACCCGUCUCUAGAAUGACUACCUAAUGUAUAUGGAAAACUAGAGUCCAUUUUGAAUAACGCAUACGCACACAUACAUACAGUUAUACAGUUAAACACACAAGCUUGCGAACACACACAUACACACACACACACACACACACACACACACACACACACACAAUUAAGCACCACGCACUGACAGAGCAUAAACAAACUCUUUCAUGCACACACACACACUCAUGGUUGAUCAGACGAUCUUUUUGUACACCAGUCAGCCACAUAUAUUUUUACACCCAAAGAGGUGUGCAGGUAGCCAUAAAUAUAAGACUGAACAGGUAGCCAUAAUAACCUAUGAAUAUCAGUGUCACAGCAUACGAAUGAUGCAGUCCUCCUUCUUCAGAGACUUGUUGUGGUGGCACCCUUGAUUAAGGUCCGAUUAACCCACCCUCCCCUCCCCUGUAACUUUCCAACACUUUUACACAGCCCUGGGAAAACAAAGGAAAGGUUUCAGGUUCUUUUGGCUCAUUAGUUUUCAUCACCCCCUCCACCACUGCAGAAACGCAAGGCAAUAUAGAGGCUGUGCUUUAGCUGGUGUUGUAUGUGGAAACAUAUGGUGUUGGAAGGCACCACGGGCCAUCACUUUGUUUCUUUUCUUUCAGUCAAAACACUGUAUGUUUAUCCAUCACACAACCUUAUAAGCCACCUCACGUAGUAGAAUUAUACAUUAAUUAUUCACAAUGAGUCCACUUGUAUUUUAACCAAAUAUGGUGGGUCGAUACAGUGUCUCGGUAAACGGUAAACAGAAGCACAACAUCAGUUCCUCACUCAUGGUUUAAGAAAUAAGAAGGACAAGAGCGAAGUGCAUGUGUCCGGUCAUUGCUUUUCUGUUGCGACUCGUGUCCCAUUUGAAUGGAGAGGUUCUAAGGCAGAGGUGUACAUGCAGCAUGUUCUCACAAUGUGUUGACACAUUUUUCUUUCUGGAUUCGCCACAGAUUUCAACUUGCUUUUUUUUUCCGAAUUAUUUAUUAAUAAUUUGAGAAAUGUUUAAGGAAAAUUGGACAGAACCAUGAGCCUUGUCCUCAUGACUGAAUUAUUUAUUGAUAAUGACUUAUAUUGGUUGAUUAGAAGUUUGGAGACUAUUGACAUAUAGCUGAAUAAGAUUAUAUGAAACCCAAAGCUGUACCUCCUUUCAAGCAACUACAGUUGCCUUUGCAUUUGAGAGAGAAGGCAUAACCAAUGUUACUAUGUCAUUACUCCCUCGCUCUCUACCAAUCCCUUAUGUCAUCUUAAUCUUAUUUAUUAAAAGGUAUAAUGGUUUGUUUUAAAUGAGCAUGAAGCAAUUCAGAGAAAAUCACAUACACUUUCAAUACAGGGUAUUUUUUAAGGCAUGCAAUUUUCAACCAAAAGCUCUAUCUUACCUUGUGUAGAAAUUUGCCGAUAUUUAAGUUAGGAAGUCUUUGCAAUUAUUUAUAACCCGUUUUUAAUUAAGUCCAAGUUCCAUACAUCUACCUGGUAAAUGCCAAUACGGACAGCCAUUUCUUCCUAUAACACGUUUAAUUCACUGUGACAGUGUAGCACAAUAUUUAUGCCAUUUGCAUAAAUUAUGUGAUCCCUAAUCUUUAGAUAAAACAUCUGCCAUAGCCAGUAUGUUAUCCGUUUUCUGUGUUGUCAUGGAAAUAAACUCUGAAAAGAUUCUA